GGAAACGUAACUUGCGGGGGAGAAGACAAACGGAAUGCAGCCGUAGUCGAGGCUGUCUCUCACCACCAGUGUUUGUAAUUUUUUCAUCUGUGCUGUGUCUCAGUUAUUUAGUUUCUUCUGGAAUAGCAACAGUUUGUGGAUUUUUCGUCGGGGCGGGUAAAUACCGUUAAUAAGAAGGCAACAACAUGAGUGUCGAGGCGUACGGGCCGAGCUCGCAGACUCUAACGUUCCUCGACACCGAGGAAGCCGAGCUACUGGGAGCGGACACCCAGGGCUCCGAGUACGACUUCACCGAUUUUACCCUGCCGAGCCAGACCCAGACUCAAGGCCAAACCCAGAGUCAGCUGGAUAACCAGGUUAAUGGCCCUGACGGCAUGCUACAGAAUGGAGAGGACUCUGUGGUAAAAGCCAGUCAGCUGCUGGCAGAGUUGAACUUUGAGGAGGAUGAGGAGGACACCUACUACACCAAGGAUCUCCCUGUACAUGCAUGCAGUUACUGUGGCAUUCAUGAUCCCGCCUGUGUGGUCUACUGCAACACCAGCAAGAAGUGGUUUUGUAAUGGCCGUGGAAACACAUCCGGCAGCCACAUUGUAAACCACCUGGUGAGAGCAAAGUCCAAGGAGGUGACCCUGCAUAAAGAUGGCCCUCUGGGGGAAACGGUACUGGAGUGCUACAACUGUGGCUGUCGCAAUGUCUUCCUUCUGGGCUUCAUCCCUGCCAAAGCUGACUCGGUAGUGGUGUUACUAUGCAGGCAGCCAUGUGCCAGCCAGAGCAGCCUGAAGGACAUCAACUGGGACAGCUCCCAGUGGCAGCCCCUCAUCCAGGACCGCUGCUUCCUGUCCUGGCUGGUGAAAAUCCCUUCAGAGCAGGAGCAGCUCAGGGCUCGUCAGAUCACCGCCCAGCAGAUCAACAAGCUGGAGGAACUCUGGAAGGAAAAUCCCACUGCGACCCUGGAGGACCUGGAGAAGCCUGGUGUGGAUGAGGAGCCCCAGCAUGUGCUGCUCCGCUAUGAGGAUGCCUACCAGUACCAGAACAUCUUUGGUCCUCUCGUCAAGCUGGAGGCUGACUACGAUAAGAAACUCAAAGAGUCUCAGACACAAGACAACAUUACUGUCAGAUGGGACUUGGGCCUGAAUAAAAAGAGGAUUGCUUAUUUCACUCUUCCCAAGACAGACUCUGAUAUGCGACUGAUGCAGGGAGAUGAAAUUUGCCUGAGGUACAAAGGAGACCUGGCCCCUCCAUGGAAAGGCAUUGGACAUGUCAUCAAAGUCCCUGAUAACUAUGGAGAUGAGAUUGCCAUAGAGCUAAGGAGCAGUGCCGGGGCUCCAGUGGAGAUCCCCCACAACUUUCAAGUCGACUUUGUGUGGAAGUCCACUUCCUUUGACAGGAUGCAGAGUUCCCUGAAGACGUUUGCCGUGGAUGAGACUUCAGUGUCGGGUUACAUCUACCACAAACUGCUGGGACAUGAAGUAGAGGAUGUGGUCAUCAAGUGCCAGCUGCCCAAACGCUUCACCGCUCAAGGCCUGCCUGAUCUUAACCACUCACAGGUGUAUGCUGUGAAGACAGUGCUGCAGCGUCCUCUCAGUCUGAUCCAGGGUCCUCCUGGCACAGGGAAGACGGUAACCUCUGCCACCAUCGUCUACCACCUGGCCAGACAGGGCAACGGGCCGGUGCUGGUGUGUGCUCCCAGUAACAUUGCCGUCGACCAGCUGACAGAGAAGAUCCACCAGACAGGCCUCAAGGUGGUGAGGCUGUGUGCCAAGAGCAGGGAGGCUAUCGACUCGCCUGUGUCCUUCCUGGCUCUGCACAACCAGACCCGUAACAUGGACAGUAUGCCAGAACUUCAGAAGCUCCAGCAGCUGAAGGACGAGACUGGAGAGCUGUCUUCCUCAGACGAGAAGCGCUACAGAGCUCUGAGACGCACCGCUGAGAGGGAGCUGCUUAUGAAUGCCGAUGUGAUCUGCUCUACCUGUGUUGGGGCGGGGGAUCCUCGUCUGGCCAAGAUGCAGUUCCGCUCAAUCCUGAUUGAUGAGAGCACCCAGGCCACCGAACCAGAGUGCAUGGUGCCUGUCGUCCUGGGGGCCAAACAGUUGAUUCUGGUGGGUGACCACUGCCAGCUAGGCCCUGUGGUGAUGUGUAAGAAGGCAGCUAAAGCAGGUUUGUCACAGUCUCUGUUUGAGCGUCUUGUCGUUUUGGGGAUCCGGCCAAUUCGCCUGCAGGUUCAGUAUCGCAUGCACCCGGCCCUCAGCGCCUUCCCCUCCAACAUCUUCUAUGAGGGCUCUCUGCAGAAUGGAGUCACUGCCGCGGACCGUGUGAAGAAAGGCUUUGACUUCCAGUGGCCACAGCCCGACAAGCCCAUGUUCUUUUAUGUCACCCAAGGCCAAGAGGAAAUUGCCAGCUCUGGAACCUCCUAUCUCAACAGGACUGAGGCAGCCAAUGUGGAGAAAAUAACCACAAGGUUGCUGAAGGCUGGAGCAAAACCCGAUCAGAUUGGAAUCAUUACGCCCUACGAGGGACAGAGGUCCUACCUGGUCCAGUACAUGCAGUUCAGUGGCUCCCUCCAUACCAAACUCUACCAGGAGGUGGAAAUAGCCAGUGUGGAUGCCUUUCAAGGCAGAGAGAAGGACUUCAUCAUCCUGUCCUGUGUGAGGGCCAAUGAGCACCAGGGCAUCGGCUUCCUCAAUGAUCCCAGACGUCUCAAUGUGGCACUCACUAGGGCCAGGUAUGGUGUGAUUAUUGUGGGAAACCCCAAGGCCCUGUCCAAGCAGCCUCUGUGGAACCACCUGUUGAAUUACUACAAGGAGCAGAAGGUCCUGGUUGAAGGCCCCCUUAACAACCUAAGGGAGAGCCUCAUGCAAUUCAGCAAGCCCCGCAAGCUUGUCAACACCAUCAACCCUGGUGGUCGAUUCAUGAGCACAGCCAUGUAUGAUGCCAGGGAGGCCCUCAUUCCUGGAUCUGUUUAUGACCGCAGCAGCAACGGACGUUCGUCCAAUAUGUAUUUCCAGACCCAUGACCAGAUUGGUAUGAUCGGAACAGGCUCCAAUCCAAUGACUUCCCUGAACAUCCCCAUCCCCUUCAACCUUGUGAUGCCCCCCAUACCUCCACCUGGGUACAUGGGACAGGUCAAUGGACCCUCAGCGGGCCGUGGUGGGGGUAUGAAAGGCAAGGCAGGCAGCGGAGCAGGCGGCGGGAUGCGAGGAGGGCGUCAAAGAAACCGCGGCAACUUGGGGAACCACAGCGGCGGACACGGAGGAGCAGACCGACACGGAGGCCACAUGAGUGGCAGCCAGGCCAGCCAGGACCUGGGCUCCCAGCCCUUCUCCCAGGGGCCUCUGACGCAGGGCUACAUGAACAUGAGCCAGCCGUCUCAAAUGAGCCAGCCUGGGCUCUCCCAGCCUGAACUCUCCCAGGACAGUUACCUAGGAGAUGAGUUCAAGUCCCAGAUUGAUGUGGCUUUGUCCCAGGACUCCACCUACCAGGGGGAACGGGCCUACCAACACGGUGUGACUGGACUGUCCCAGUACUAGACUGUUGCUGGGAAGGAGCAAGGCCUGUGUGAAGCAAAGUUCAAUGGUAUUUUAAUCUGGGUAAUAACAAAAAAGAACAAACAUGGAUACCCGUUUUCCACUGCUACAACUGAAGCACCACUGUGUGAAAGUAACAGGAGAGAGACCGUGAGAAACCAACCAAUCACAAGAGUGAGAGCAACAAUGGGUGUAGAGCUGGACAGGAAGAGAGCAAGGGACGAGCCUGGUGGAGGAGAGAAGGUGCUGCUGCUCACACGCGAGGACAUGGCGAAAGAAGAUAGCAGUCGUUGUCGAGGCGGGCGCAGUCGGAGAGGCGAGACCUUCGACGGGUCAAAGAGGGUGGAAGGUCCGAACGAUUCUGGAAGGGGUGGGGGGACUGUGUCAUCUUGUCCCUCGUGUGCCCCUGAACCCUCGGGGAACUCCAGGCGGAAUGGUUGGGAAUCUUGCUCCAAAAGCUGAGAAAGAUGGAGAAAAGGUGUCUCACACAAAUGUCCUCCAAGCUAACUCAACAGGACAUCUUCUGUGACUUGGAGAGAGAGAGAGAGAGAGAGAGAGAGAGAGAGAGAGAGAGAGACACAAAAACAAAGGGGGACACAACUCUUGAAGCAGUUGAUAUGGCAACUUUUUUUUUUAACUCAAAGCUUGAUUUGGGGCUCUGCAUUUGAUCACAUCUAAGCAUCCAGGAGAGAAAAGUUUGACAACACUGUUUGGCUAACCAAGUGAACUCAACAGUGCUUGUGGUGUUGUGCCUCAAAGAGUUCAAAUGAAACGUGUGGAUUACUUUGCCACAGAUCACUCGCUUUUCUUUCUCAGCUUUGAGUCGGAAAGUUUUCUAAAUACAUGCUGUUUUCAUUGAGGUAUUCAGUGAUGUAAGCUAGUGUAGUUGGCCCGUCUUUCAAAGGCAGGUCUUUCUAGAGGUGGUCUGCAAAGAACAAGUGGUGGAAUUAGCUGUUAAAAAUAGAAACCUAAAAGAAAAACAUCUUUGUCUCCAGAUCUGAGGAGGUGGGCUCCAGAGAUCUGACAAUUUUGUUUUUGUGUGUGAAAAUGUAUCUUUUAGUAGUGCAAAAGAGUGAAAGUGAAAACCAUAACCAGCUUAUAACUGAAUGAAGCGGCGUUCUUUUCUGCUGACCCUGAUGCCACUAAAGCUAGCAGACGGGAAUCGUCUUGAGUGUAUAUAUAGCUAAAUGCAUCAAAUAAGCCAAAUCAAGAGGGCAGUUAUUUCCAAAGACCCUUCUCCAAAAGUAAAAAAAAAACAAAAAACAAUGAGAUUAUUUAUGUACAAUUAAAGCACCUGAUGAUGAUCACACUAAAGUGAAGUAAGAAAUCACUUCUAUAAAAUGAAAUCAUGAGCUUGAGUUUUCAUGCCUAUGGAUAGCCUAACAUGACCACUCCGUACAAAGGAUGAUGCAAGCUUCUGAGGCCCCAGCUUAGAGCAAAUGUCUUGAACAGAUCAAAGAUUUCACCAUGUUGACUGUGGUGAAAGAUAUUUUAGCAUUUCGGAGAACCCAUUGAUAACAAAUCGAAAGGUUACAUGUUGUCGGUGCACUGUGAAAUUUGGCAUAACUUUUUUUUUUUUAAAUUAAGACACGAAGACCCAAGUGUAGUGUUUGUUGUCUUCCCCUUAUUGUUGUUUUUGUCAUUUGUUGUCCUAAAGUCUUUAACUUGUAGAAAAGUCAAAAGUAGUGUAACAUGUAAAGGGCAAAACGGCUAGAUUUAGUGGUUGACCGAAAAAUUUUUUUUAUAAAAUACAACAAUUUAAUAAUAACAUAUGAGACACAAAAUUGCUUAACUUAAAUGAACAUUUAUUUGA